CAGACCGACCCUCUGAUUCGUGGCGACCGCGCCCUUUCGAGCAGCGGGGAGCUCGUCCGGACUCCGGCUGCGCCGCCUCCUUCGGAUGCCGGCUGCCUCCGGAAAGCCACGCGGCCACUCUCGGGCGCGCGCCCCCCGACCGCACACGCCCGCUCACGCAUGCUCCCGGCGCUCCCACGCGCGCAGGCCCUUCACCGGCGCCGCCCACGCAGCCUCGUGCUCCGGGCGCGCGGGCUCCGCUGCUGCGCGGCGCCCGCGGAGGCAGUUGCCGGAGCUGGGAUGAGCUAUCGGAGGAUGCUGCAGCGCGGGGCGCGUCGCCCCCCUCAGUCCACCAGAGCCCGGAUACCUCAGAAAUUCGGCUCUGGGUCUGUGGGGAGCGAAAUGCAACCCAAACACCGUUUUACCGAACCCCGCGCAAAUAAACACGCACAGGCACUCACACAGACGUCGCCGCGACCCGCGCUUGCCGCGGCGGAUCCCGGCCGCGGGCGGCCAAGAAAGAGCCCGGGACCCGGGAGGGGCCGCUGCCUACGCCUCAAAGUCCAAGGUGUCGCCGCUCGGGAUCGGCCGCUAAAAGGUGCGACGAGCAAAGGGAAGCUGGAGCUUCAAGAAGGAAAGUCAGGAGUGUCAAAUAACAUUUCCUUGCCAGAAGAGAUGAAGACAGAGGGAAAAGCUAUUGAAUAUAGCAGCUGGAUGCAUGGAGGAAUCGUUUCUCUAGACAGAGAAAGCCUGGCUCAAGAAGGCCCCAAGUCUAAUUUCCCACCUCGUUUGGAAGAGAGGAUGAGAGGCCUGCCCUCUAAUAGGGCAAAAGUGACUGACUGCAGAUCGUUUCUGACCUGUUAAUACAGCAACUUUGUUCAUUUGUAAAACUACAGCUCAGAAAGAUGACUGCCUACAAUGUAGAGGAUGGACCAAAAGGGAGAGCAGACCUGGAGGCAAAGGACUAUUACAGUAAUCCAUGAGUGACAAGAAAGGUAGCCAAGAAGAACGAAAUGAACUUGAGAGCUACCAGAGGGUGAAUCAAUUGGACUUUCAUCUGAAAACACUUUGGAAACCAACUUUUAUCUUGUUUUCAGAAUAAAGAACCUU